UUUCAGGAUACACUGAUUUAGACUAUGGAUAUUGUGGACAUAGUUGUUCUUAUAGGCCUUCUCGUUGCAAUUUCCUUUUUCGGCUUGUUCACGGCAUUACAUGGUACAAAACAAACAUCCGCAGCUCAGAUUUUACAUGGGUCGAACGUAUCUGUACUGACAUCAGCUUUAUCGGUUUGUUCGGGAUUUCUUUCCGCAAUUUCACUUCUAGGAUUUCCUGCAGAGGUCCAUUACCAAGGAGCAAUGAUAUUUUGGUAUGGUCCGAUGUACAUGGUGGCAUUUCCUAUUGCAGCUUAUUGUUUUUUGCCUGUUUUCUAUAACAUGAAGCUUACAAGUAUAUACGAAUACUUGGAGAUUCGGUUCAAUUUUGCUUGUCGGUUCUUGGCUUCAGUUACCUUCUGCAUUCAGACUUGGCUUUAUGUUAGUGUGACACUGUAUGCACCGGCACUUGCAUUAUCGACAAUUAUUUCCAUCCCGUUAUCUGUGUCAAUUGUUCUGACGGCAGGUCUUGCCGCUCUUUAUGUGACAUUGGGGGGCGCAAAAGCAAGCAUAUAUACUUCAGCUUUACAAAUGGCACUAAUUUUAGCGAGUAUGAUGCUGAUUUUUUCAGUUAGUUUAUAUCACUUCGGUUUUAAUAACGUUUUAAAAACUGCUGUUGCUGGAGGUCGCCUGCAGCUACUUGAUUUCCGAAUUGAUCCACGUAUCCGACACUCGGUAUGGUCCUUAAUGAUUGGUGGUACAGGAAAUAUAUUGUGUCUUUUUGCAGCUAAUCAACUUACAAUACAGCGUUAUAUGGCAAUGAGUUCGCUUAGAUCUGCACAGUGGGUUGUUCUGCUAAAUAUUCCCUUCAAUUUUCUCAUUCUUACUACAUAUGUUGGUGCAGGCCUGAUAAUAUACCACAAAUAUUUUCAUUGUAACCCAGCUCUGCAAUCAAAUGACCAACUUUUUCCUCGUUUCGUUAUUGAUGAAUUAUCUGUAAUACCUGGAAUGGUUGGACUUUUUGCAGCAUCUGUAUAUAGUGCAGGUUUAAGUACGGCGUCAGCUUCGUAUAGCGCCCUCGCUGCAGUAUUCAUCGAAGAUGUUGUUAAGCAGUUCCAAACUAAGGUGCAAAAACGCGAACCACUAAAGCCAAAUACUAGCAUCUUAUUAGCACGAUAUCUACCAUUAUUGUUUUGUUUUUUAUCAAUGGUGAUCGCCUAUCUUUGUAGUUUAAUGAAAACGAUGGUGCUGCAGGUCUCGCUUUCAAUAUUCGGAAUUGCUGGAGGACCCGUUUUGAGUGUCUUUUGUUUGGGCAUGUUUUUCCCAAAAAUUAAGGGACUGGCAGCUUUUAUUGCUCAGGUGGCGUCAACAGUGUUCUGCGUCUUCAUUGCUGCUGGUGCAUUGGUAAACCAGGUGAAACCGGUUGCUUUACCAAUUGAUGAAACUUGUGGACAAAGUAAUGUCACUUUAACAUUUGCUGAAAAACCGGAGUACGGAAUGGUCCAUCCUUUACAAAGUAAUGUAUGGUUGAUUCAGCUAUUUCGUCUUUCUUAUCAAUACUACAGCAUCUCCGCUCUGUUGGUUGCGUUCGUAGUUGCGCAUAUUGUUCAGUGGUUUUCAGGGAGUGUUGAACAUUUACCAGUGGAAGCAAGACUGCUAUCACCUUUACUUCGACCAACACAUAACCUAAAGAAAACAAUAUUGGACUACCCUUCCGGAACAAGGAAGGAUGGCGAAAUCCCGCUGUGAUCUAUCAGGUAAGACGAAAUAUAUAUUCCGUGUCUUUAUCAGGAGGCUUGUUCAGCUGUUCUAGGAAAUUUCCAUUUACUCUUUUACUUAAUUCUUGAAUGCAGUGCACUUCGUCAAACGUAUUCCGAUGGCUGAGGAUGAUUACCUUUAAUUUCUGGUUUAAAAUCGGUGCACAUCUUAAAGAGUGCAGUACUAACCUUGUAGUGAUAAAUUUUACCACUUAAAUCUAAGAUUUGUUGCUAGCAAUAGAUUGUCAAGUUGAACAUUGCAUCUUAUGUUUACAAACAAUGCCAGUUUACACGCUCAUUGAAAUGAUAGAUUUUAGAUUCUUAGAUGAUAUUCAUCAGUUGUUCAACUCGAUCUUACAGAGUUAUGGUACUUCGUUUGAAAAUUAUGUUUUACAUCUUUGAUUACCUGUUAUAACUGUGAAUGUUUAGAGACACUUCGAAUACUUGUGGGAUAAUUUCCAAGAAUACAAAAUAUUUACAAUAUUUUAAGUAUUCCUUCUUUCGAAAAUAUGAAUUUGUGUAUUGCCACGUGCAUGCGAUAAAAUAUUUCAG